AUCAGUUUUACGGUAGCUCUUCGGGCGUUCGUUGAAAAUACGCAUUUUCAUUAAAUUGCAAAAUAAAAAUCUUGUGUGUUUGUGUGCCCACAAAGAGUUAGGGGCUUAGUGUGCGUGCUUGUGAGUGAGAAUUACCAUAAAAAAUGUAUCAUUUGAAAAAUUUGGCUCGUCAAGCCGCGGUGCGCCAGCAAGAAGUGGCCACUUUGGUCAAGGUUUUACCUACCAUUACAAUGCCGAGUCGCGGCUAUGCCGAUCAUCAAAUACCUGAACGCCUCAAGCACGUUCCCGAUGCCAAAGAUCCGCGUUUCUUUGAUAUGGUAGAAUAUUUCUUCCAUCGCGGUUGUCAAAUUGCUGAAGAGAGUCUUGUUUGUGAAAUGAAAAGUCGUUUAUCUGCCGAGGAUAAGAGAAAGAAAGUUAAAGGUAUUCUAAUGCUUAUGCAACCCUGCGACCAUAUCAUCGAAAUUGCUUUUCCACUGCGUCGUGAUUCCGGGGACUAUGAAAUGAUUACCGGGUAUCGUGCCCAGCACAGUACUCACCGUAUACCAACUAAGGGUGGUAUUCGCUUCUCUUUGGAUGUAUCGCGUGAUGAAGUUAAAGCCUUGUCAGCUUUGAUGACGUUUAAGUGUGCCUGCGUUGAUGUGCCUUUUGGUGGUGCGAAAGCCGGUUUGAAAAUCAAUCCAAAACAAUAUUCUGAACAUGAAUUGGAAAAAAUUACGCGCCGCUUUACACUUGAAUUGGCUAAGAAAGGUUUCAUUGGACCCGGCGUUGAUGUACCUGCUCCCGAUAUGGGUACCGGUGAACGUGAAAUGUCCUGGAUUGCUGAUACAUAUGCGAAAACAAUUGGCCAUCUAGACAUCAACGCUCAUGCUUGCGUUACGGGCAAGCCCAUCAAUCAGGGCGGCAUUCACGGUCGUGUAUCCGCCACCGGUCGCGGUGUAUUUCACGGUCUGGAAAACUUUAUCAAUGAGGCCAAUUACAUGAGCAUGAUUGGAACUACACCUGGCUGGGGUGGUAAGACAUUUAUUGUCCAAGGUUUUGGUAAUGUCGGUCUUCAUACUUGCCGCUAUUUGACCCGAGCCGGUGCGACUUGCGUUGGUAUUAUUGAGCACGAUGGUUCAAUUUAUAGUCAAGAGGGUAUUGAUCCUAAGCUUUUAGAAGAUUGGAAAAACGAACACGGUACUAUCGUUGGCUAUCCAAACGCUAAGCCUUACGAAGGGGAAAACCUAAUGUUCGAACCCUGUGACAUUUUCAUUCCUGCUGCCGUUGAAAAAGUUAUCACUAAUGAAAAUGCUCAUAAAAUCCAAGCCAAGAUCAUCGGUGAAGCUGCCAAUGGUCCAACUACACCUGCUGCCGAUAAAAUUCUAAUUGAACGUAAUAUUUUAGUUAUCCCUGAUUUAUAUAUUAACGCUGGUGGUGUCACCGUUUCAUUCUUUGAAUGGUUGAAGAAUUUGAAUCAUGUGUCUUACGGCCGUUUAACCUUCAAAUAUGAACGUGAAUCCAAUUAUCACUUGCUAGCUUCUGUCCAACAGUCAAUUGAAAGGUUUAUUUUGGACGAAUCUGUGCAAGAGUCUUUGGAAAGACGUUUUGGUCGUGUUGGCGGCCGUAUACCAGUUACACCAUCCGAAUCAUUUCAAAAGCGUAUUUCUGGUGCUUCUGAGAAGGACAUUGUUCAUUCUGGUUUAGAUUAUACUAUGGAGCGUUCGGCCCGUGCCAUUAUGAAGACCGCCAUGAAAUAUAAUUUGGGUCUUGAUUUGAGAACAGCUGCUUAUGUAAACUCGAUUGAAAAGAUCUUUACGACCUACCGUGAUGCCGGCUUAGCUUUUUAAGCUGUUUUUUUUUUUUUUUGCUUUUUGUUUUACCACAAUCUUUAACAAUCAACCCCCACAUAUAUGAUGAUAUGAUACAUAUGCCAACCAUUUCCUUAUUCAGUUUCUCUUAGCCAAUUUUAACUUUAAAAAAACUUUUUUAAAAUAACCUAAAGUUUCUAAGAAUUGAAAAGAAGAAAAAUUCCCCUUAAUAGCAUAUAUAUAAAUAAGAAAAAGUGAACAAUUAAAACAAAAAAAAAAGAAAAAUUUAAAUUCGAAGCACUUAAGAGAAAGCCAUGUUAGAGUGAAUUUAAACUUGCACCUCUCAAGAAGUUAACAUUUCCUAAACUUAUCAACUAUUUACUUUAUUUUUUUUUGCUAUUUUAUGAAAAGUAUAUUGAAUUUUCAUUUUCUUUCUUAAAUUUUUUAUGUAUUCAUUUUCGUUUUUUUCUCGAUGUAACUUAUUUUUGAUUUCUUUUAUGCAAUCUGUACAUUAUGUACAUUAUGUAUUUAGUACAUUUAUUUAAAAGAAAUUACAAAAACAAAUGUGCUAUAUGCACACAAACACAUACACACAAUAUUGUUGCUGUUUUCAAGUGCGUUUAAGUUAAGCAAAAGUGAGUCCAAGAGCAAAAAAUUAAUGCAU